AUGGCCAGCACCGUCCUUCACCUUCGGUCCGAGACCAAGCCCCUUGAGCACCGCUCUGCCCUUACUCCCAGUACCACCCAGGCCCUGAUCAAGGCUGGCUACACUGUCAAUGUCGAGCGCAGUCCCGUUCGCAUCUUUGACGAUGCCGAGUUCGAAGCCGUAGGCGCAACCCUCGUCGAGGAGGGCUCUUGGGAGACGGCCCCCGCCGACCAUAUCAUUGUUGGCCUGAAGGAGCUCGAGGAGAAAGAGUUCCCCCUCAAGCACGUUCACGUUACCUUCCUCCACGUUUACAAGGGACAAGGUGGUUUCGAGAAGACUCUCGGACGCUUUCCCCGUGGCGGCGGUACCCUGCUCGACUUGGAGUUCUUGACAAAUGACUCCGGAAGACGCGUCGCGGCCUUUGGCUACCACGCUGGCUUCUCCGGCGCCGCUCUUGCCCUCGAGAACUGGGCCUGGCAGCUCACCCACCCCGGCGAGCCCUUUCCCUCCGUGGAGUCAUACCCGAACGAGGACGCUCUGAUUGCGGACGUCAAGAAGGCCUUGGAUGAUGGCGUGGCGAAGAACGGAGGCAAGAAGCCUAGAGUCAUUGUCAUUGGCGCUCUUGGCCGCUGCGGCUCCGGCGCUGUCGACAUGUGCACGAGGGCCGGUGUCACGGACAUCAUCCGCUGGGAUAUCCAGGAGACCCAGGCCAAGCCCGGUCCGUACAGUGAGAUCACGGAGUCUGACAUCUUCGUGAACUGCAUUUACUUGAGCCAACCUAUCCCUCCCUUCGUCAACCGCGAAUCUCUUCAGACUUCUUCAAGAAACCUAUCCGUUGUUUGCGAUGUUUCCGCAGACACCACCAACCCCCACAACCCCAUCCCCAUCUACACUGUGGCUACCACCUUCGACAAGCCCACAGUUCCCGUCGAGGGCUUCGAGAACCCGCCCUUGAGCGUCAUCUCUAUCGACCACCUGCCCUCGUUGCUGCCCCGCGAGUCCAGCGAGGCGUUCAGCAACGACCUGCUGCCCACCCUCCUGAACCUCAAGGACUGGCGCAACGACCCUGUCUGGGCCCGCGCCGAGAAGCUCUUCAAGGACAAGGUCGCUACCACGCUCCCCGCCGAGCUCCAGAAGAGAGAGGUCUAG